AUGGAUCUGCUUCACAAAUUGUUAAACAUUUUGUUUUCUAUUGUAUCAAUCAUCUUAUUCAUGCUCGUGUUGCCGAUACUUUUGCUGUUCCGCCUCUGGAGGUUUUGCGUCAGAUCUGUUUUCCGAGAAAAACUCGCCGGAAAAGUAGUGCUUAUCACCGGAGCUUCUUCUGGUAUCGGUGAGCAUUUGGCGUACGAGUACGCGAAACAUGGAGCGAGUCUAGUGUUGAUUGCGAGAAGAGAGGAGCUGCUUGCGACGGUUGCAAGGAAAGCGAUGGAGUUGGGAUCGCCGGACGCCGUGGUGAUUAAGGCGGAUGUUUCGAAGCUUCUGGAUUGCAAGAGAUUUGUUGAUGAAGCGAUUAAACAUUUCGGUAAAGUGGACUGCCUUAUAAAUAAUGCUGGAACUGGAAUAGUUGGCCUCUUCGAAGAACAAAUAUGCAUCACCGAUCAUGCUUCGAUCAUGGACAUAAACUUCUGGGGGUCGGUUAACGCCACGCAUUUUGCACUUCCAUAUCUGAAAAAGAGCAAAGGCAGAAUAGUCGUGAUCGGUUCUUGUGGCGGAUGGUUCGCUACGCCAAGAGUAAGCGUAUAUAAUGCAAGUAAGGUAGCACAACAAAGCUUCUUCGAAACGCUACGAAUCGAGCUUGGUUCAGAUAUCGGGAUAACGAUGGUCACUCUUGGGAUGGUCGAUACCGCAUUAGCUAGUGAUGACUUCUUAACUCAGGCAAAUUUAAAGUGGCUGCCAAAGGAAUCGGUAGAAGGGUGUGCCAAAGCGAUUGUAAAUAGCGCCAUUCGUGGAGAUGAAUACUUGACCGAGCCCGGAUGGAUGCACGCGGUCUUUUUAUGGGCCAUCCUGUUGCCGGACCUAAUGUACUUGUUGCGCCGCUUCAUCGUGGUCACAAGCCCUAAGACUUCGUUACAAAAGUGGAAGUCCCAAAAUACGGCUUCAUUUCAACCUCUCGAAGUCAAACACGACUAAAUUCA